GCGCUUGACCUGCCUCACACAACCUUAGUUGAUUCAUCUCAGCCAUCAUGAAGAUCACUUUCCUCGUCCUCCUCGGCCUCGCGCCCUCGCCGCCCGCCCGCCCCGAGAACGUCCUCGACCUCGACCUUGAUGACCUCCACCACGACCAGGAUGUUGAUGACCAGGUCGUAACCGGAACUUACAGCUGGACCUCCCCCGAAGGCGAUCAGUACUUCGUCAAGUACAUCGCCGACGACGACGGUUUCCGCAUCCUGGAGUCCAACGCCGUCCCCGCCGUCGGAGACGUCAGGGCCGACGGCAACCAGGGCUCCUUCUUCUCCUCGGAGGAAGACUAAAUGGGGAUGCGAAAAGGAUGACGAAAAAAAGGUGAAAUCUAACUAAGGAAACGAAGAAUGACGAGAAAAUAGAGAAAAAAAAAAUUGUGUGAAGUGGAAUCAGAAAUCUUUUUUUUUGGUUCUCUUCUGCCGAAUUUUUGGGAGUGAAGGUUUUUGUCCCUCCCUCUUUUCUUUUCUAAAAUAGGGGGGAAUGAUUACUUUUUUGCCUCUCUCAUACGAAGAAAUCUCAACUGGAAAAAGGAGAACGAUUACCUUUUCGUUCUCUUCCACCGAAUGCUAUUACUGUUGGCUUCCUUAUUUUCUAGUUUCUUUCCUUCUUCUUCUCUUUGGUCUCUCUUUUUAUCCUUUUUUAUACAAAAAUUCUUCAUGUGAACUUUAUUCUGUCUUGCAAGAUUCUGUUAAUUUAUUUGUAAAUAAUUCUCAUUUUUCUGCAAUAAAAGGAGAAAGCUAA